CUUCCAUUAGGACAAAAUUGGAAUGUCAAAAAUACAUCAGGACAAGAUUGGAAAAGAAGCUAAAUUUUUUAUAACAAACUCUUGUUCGAAGUUGGAGUUCUAAUGAUGUCAAAUGUAUCUGAGAAAUGCUAAAAACCGGAACUGUUUGGCUUUCCUCCAAAUUUUCUCACCAACCAAACAGAACUUCCAUUUCUCCUCUUUAACGAUUCAAAACCCAUAUGCCAAUCCCAACAAAGAAGCUGUUCCCGCCAAUUUUGACUCACAAACUCCUCCUUUGGUUCGCACCACUGAUCCUUCUUUCCAGAGCUCUGCACACAUUCACAGCGAUGUCAUCUCUUCCAAUAAGAUCAUCGCCAGAUAUAUUCGAUCAGGUAAUAUUGAUUCUGCCCUUAGAAUAUUCAACAGAAUGGCAGUUAAAACGACGGUCACUUGGAACUCAAUUCUGGCGGGGUGCUUAAAAGUUCCCGGGAAAAUGAAGGAAGCCCAACAACUGUUUGACAAAAUUCCCCAACCAGAUGCUGUCUCUUAUAACAUCAUGUUGGCAUGUUAUGUACAAAAUUCUGGUUUGGAGACUACUUUGGCAUUUUUUGAUCGAAUGCCUGUCAAAGAUACAGCUUCUUGGAACACGAUGAUAUCGGUUUUUGCUCAGAAUGGGAAAAUGGACAGAGCACGUGAGUUGUUUCUUGCAAUGCCAGAAAAGAAUAGUGUUACUUGGAGCGCCAUGAUUUCGGGGUAUGUUGAGUGCGGGAAAUUGGAUUUGGCUGAGGAGUUGUUCGAGUUGGCGCCUGUUAAGAGUGUGGUUGCAUGGACUGCGAUGAUAAGUGGAUAUAUGAAGUUUAGGAAGGUAGAGUUGGCAGAGAGAUUUUUUCAGGAGAUGCCCGUGAAAAAUUUGGUUACUUGGAAUGCUAUGAUUGCAGGGUAUGUGGAGAAUUCUCAAGCUGAAAAUGGUUUGAAACUUUUCAGGAUGAUGCUGGGGUAUGGUAUUAAGCCUAAUUCUUCAACUAUGAGUAGUGCCUUAUUGGGUUGUAGUGAAUUAUCUGCAUUGCAGUUAGGUAAGCAGGUUCAUCAGCUCGUUUGCAAGUCUCCUUUAUCCAACGAUACAACUGCAGGAACUUCAAUCAUUAGCAUGUAUUGCAAAUGUGGAGUUUUGGAGGAUGCUUGGAAACUGUUUCUUGAGAUACCAAAGAAGGAUGUUGUCAGUUGGAAUUCAAUGAUUUCUGGUUAUGCUCAGCAUGGUGCAGGUGAGAGAGCUCUGCAGUUGUUUGAACAAAUGAGGGAUGAAGGAAUAAAGCCAGACUGGAUUAGUUUUGUUUCAGUUUUGUUGGCUUGUAAUCAUGCAGGGUUAGUGGAUCUUGGUAUCCAAUACUUUGAUUCAAUGAUGAAGGAUUAUCGAGUUGAAGCUAGACCAUAUCACUAUACAUGUAUGGUGGACCUUCUUGGUAGAGCCGGGAAGUUAGCUGAAGCAGUAAAUUUGAUAAAUCGGAUGCCAUUCAAACCCCAUUGUGCCAUAUUUGGAACCCUCUUGGGUGCAUGUAGGAUUCACAAGAACUUGGAAAUUGCAGAGUUUGCUGCCAAGAACUUGCUGACUCUUGAUCCAAAUAGUGCAGCUGCUUAUGUUCAAUUGGCUAAUGUUUAUGCGGCAAUGAACAGAUGGGACCAUGUUGCUAGGGUUCGCCAAUCAAUGAAAGACAACAAGGUGGUGAAGACACCAGGUUACAGUUGGAUCGAGAUAAAGAGUGUUGUUCAUGAAUUCAGAUCCAGUGACAGGUUACAUCCGGAAUUAGCCUCUAUUAAUGAAAAAUUGAACGAGCUGGAGAAGAAAAUGAAGUUAGCAGGCUACAUUCCAGACCUCGAAUUUGCAUUACAUGAUGUGGGAGAAGAGCAGAAAGAGCAGCUUCUUCUACGGCACAGUGAAAAGUUGGCUAUUGCUUUUGGGUUGAUGAAAGUUCCAUUAGGAGCCCCAAUCAGAGUGUUCAAGAAUUUGCGAGUUUGUGGGGAUUGCCACAAUGCCAUAAAAUACAUAUCAGCUACAGAAGGAAGGGAAAUCAUAGUGAGAGAUACCAUUAGGUUUCACCACUUUAAGGAUGGAUCUUGCUCAUGUGGUGAUUACUGGUAAUUGGUAUAUAGCUGAAUGGUUCAACUGAAUGGAACUUCAACGUAUUGCUUCGGAGAUCAGACUACAUUCUUUGACAUUUAGAACCUUGGCUUUAUACCAGAUUUGGUCCCUAGCUUAUGUGACCAUUGCCAAAUUGGUCCUCAAGUUCAAAUUGUACUAAAAUGAACCUUUAACUUAUUUUUUACCCCUCUUUGUUCACUUUUAAUAGAUUUAAUUUAAUUUU